AUGUCUCAACAAAGAAGAUUCCUCCCCUCUGACCCACCUCUUGGUCCACUGGACAACAGGGAGAUCUCCGGACAGGAGAUGGAAGAGGCUGAAUCGACUGUCAAUGAGUACCUCCAAGAUCCUGCUGCAUUCGACGCAGCCAAUUCAGGUGGUCGUUCAACUGCAACCGCCACAAUCAACACUCUGUCUUUCCAACAGACUGAUCCUACCGUCUCCGACAACACAAGCAUCACUCAUUCCACCACUCAAACAUUACCAAACGAAGACGAGCAAGCCGCGGAAAUGGGCUUCUUCCUAGCCGCACACGCCACAGCCAAUCAUGAACAGGUGCUAGAACCUUCCACCAACCAGCCAACCUCUCGUGUCAAGCAGACAAUUCCCAAGGCCGUUACCAGUGUCUCGUUCCCGGCUGUCACAACCACAAAGGCCAUGGCUUCAUCGGUGGCUUUGCUCGUCGCGGACACUACCAGCGCUAUCACGAUCAUCGCUAGUCGCAGGCUUUUGUUGGCUGGCAGGAUGGUCGUCGUGUUGUUAUACUUUGAAAGAGUCUGAGUGCUUGGGUAUUUUGUCCAGGGCUCGACAGUAGUCUGCGAGAAUGUUGACCGAUACAUGCAUGAGCUUGCAGUUGCCAGGACAAAGAGAAGAGAGCAAAAGGUACAGGGCAAAGAGUACAUCAUGCGACGCCCGAAUAUUGAUUGAGAGCGUGAACGCCAUUGGCAGUUCUGGAACUGGGAAGGAUUGAUUUUUUGC